AUGUGCAGAAUCUUGAAAGGGAAAGUACUUGCUGAUAUCCAGAAUAGUUUUGAUCGCAUCACUAGGAAAGAAGUGGAAGCUGGAGAGAUCACUGUCAAGCUAAACACUUUUGCUAAAAACUUAUCAGAUCUACAACUUCAGGAGGAAAUGAUGCUACAAAGGUCUAAUGAAAUGGGGAACAUAUUCCUUACUAGUCAAGAAAAAGCAUUUGGACGGAAAUUUCUGGAUUUUUUGACAUUUUUUUUUGUUCGAAUUCCACAACUCUGGGGUGCUAUAGGAGUUGAGCCACUAGAGCAAGACGACUUCUCUUGCCCGAUUUUUUGGUUCAUCGAUAGUAUCAGUAAGAUGUCCCAUAACCAUAAAAAGUCUUAUGAAUCCGUGGAUAAUGUUUUGGCCGAACUCACCGAAGACUUCAUCACAGGUUGCACUAGUGAAGCCGGGGAAACAAAUGCGAGGCAUUCGAGUGAUAUUCCUGAAGACAAUAAUAUAGAUGAAAAUGUGGGGAAUCGGCCGACUCCUCCACUAAAGCUUGAAACUACAAAAAGAGAAAAUAGGGGGUGGUAA